UGAGGUAAAGUCCAAAAGUUCCGUUUGAAAAGAGGCGGUCACUAACCAAGUGCAAGUAACUGGUUCAUCUCCGCGGUGGGACAUUCAGCUAUUGUGCGUGUUGGGGAGGGAACUCGAAAGUCUCAGCUUUGUUAUACUUCAAUGAAAGGACGCGGAAGUAAACAGUCUUUAACGGAUUUGUUUUAUUUAACCUUUAUGAUUUUACGAAUAUGACGUUUUCCUUUUGAUGUGAACUUGCGACAUUUUGACUGAAAUUAUGAUCUAGUAGGCAAAGCCCUGUCUUGCUGCGUAAAUUUCCCGGCCUCUUGUGACUGUCAACGCGUGGCUCUUUACAUGAGAUAAAGGUAAACAUUGACACAUGGUGAAUGCUACGAACUACCCAAACAAGAAUUGUUCUCUCAGCUUCGUGACAGAAGACCGACUGCAGUCCUUUUGCCUCCCUAUUCCAACUCUUUGACCCUUCCACCGCUCGCCAUGGAAGCCAGAGGAAAGUACGAGUUUAAUGCUACGGCUGAGGAUGAGCUGAGCUUCCGAAAGGGAGACAUCCUGAAAAUUCUAGGUAGUCAAGAUGAGUGGUUUAAGGCAGAGCUGCAUGGACAGGAAGGCUUUGUGCCCCAAAACUACACUGAGAGACAAACCCCAAGCUGGUUCAAGGAGACGGCGAGCCGCAGCUCUGCUGAGGAGCUCCUGAUGUCUAGGGAGGUGGGGGGAUUCCUGAUCCGUGGCAGUCAGAGCUCCCCUGGAGAAUUCUCCAUCUCUGUCAGACAUGAGUUUGACGUGCAGCAUUUCAAAGUGAUGAAGGACAGCAAAGGCCACUACUUCCUGUGGUCAGAGAAAUUCACUUCCCUCAACAAGCUGGUGGACUUCUACAAGAGCACCUCCAUCUCCAAGCAACGGGACAUCUACCUUAGAGACGGUAGCCGGGAUGACCAGAGCCCAUCCGCACCCCAACCGUUGAAGAGGGGGAGUCUACCUGAGGAGAGGAGCUAUGGGGCCCCUACUGCAGCCACGGCACACCGCAGGGCCUCAGACCUUCCUCACAGUCAGCAGAGUAAGAGACCUGGGAUGGAGGUGAGGGCUCACACCAUAGGCACCCCUGGUAGAAACACCCCCCUAACCUCUCUCCCAGCCCCCCAAAGGACAUCUGAAACCAUGCCUCAUCCACAGAGGGCAGUCAUACAGGUGAAAGCAGUGUACGACUUCACAGUGGAGGAAGAGGACGAGCUUGGCUUCCGUGCAGGUGAUGUCAUUGACAUUUUGGAUCACUCUGAUCCAUCGUGGUGGAAAGGAAGAUUGCGGGGUAAAAGUGGUCUGUUCCCUGCCAACUAUACCACACCAUUAUGAGGAAAGCUUAGAGAGAGAAAGAAGUCGCUCUUUGGGCUUCCCCAAUCAUAUGGACUGUGAUGAUAAGAGUUGGGCAACACACAGAAACUUCAGCAGCCCAAACUGUAGGACUAAAAAGAAAUUGGUUCACAUAUGAUUUCUGAUAACAUAUGCUCACACUUUUAUAUUUAUUUUAAAGCUGGUGCUCAGCAUGAAACAAAUGACAUAGAUUUAUAAGCAGAGGCGGACUUACCAUUAGGCAGAAGAGGCAAUUACCUCAGGCCUCACAUCAUCAAGGUGCCUUCUGAGCUGGGCAUAAUAAGAAAAUACUAGCAAUCUUCUUUUUUCCCCCAAUAAUGUCUCUGCAUAAGACCUCACAACUGGUUUAUAAUAAUGGACUAUUCCACCUUGACAGAGAUCCUGUGCAUUGUUUCACACGAUAUGAUUGCAAAUUUGACUUUCAUUGUAAUUAAGCUGUAUCAAUGAGAUGCUUACACAGCGGGGCAGAGAAAUGUGCAAUUAACACAACCAGUGAAAAUAAAAAGAAAGAAAGAAGAUUUAACAGAAAAAUGUUGUAAGUUAAUCCAUUUCUUUAGUCAAAAGACAAGUGCUGCUUGUAAUACUGGCAUUGUCAUUGAGGCAGAAGACAUGUAUGUGUAGACACUGUAUCUGAUGUAAUCUGGCCAAACAGAGCAUGACAUGUCAUUCGCUUUUUGGCCCGACAGAAUCAGAUACAUUGGAACCAUAUAGAAAGACAGGGGCGUUGUUUGGCUCACGAGGAUAAUCGGAUCAUCUCCAGUGAGAUAGUUUGUCACUUGUAAACUGAAGGAAAUUGUUUGGAUGCUACUUUAAGAAGUGAUUAUUUGACAAUCAGAUGGAAACAUCAUGACCUGUUGUGUUCAUUUGAAUCACAGCCCCCGCACCCACAGGAGGCCUUUUGCCUUUUGGUAGGCCCUUAUUGUAAUUAAGAAUUUGUUAACUGACUUGCCUAGUUAAAUAAAGGUUACAGGUUAAACAAAAAUGGCACACUAAAAGGUCAUUUCUUUUUACAGUUAAAUUAUGUCUUUACUAUAAAACCCAUAACAAAAUGUUGUCCACCCAAAUCACUAACCCAACUACAGUGUCAUAUCCAUUGGAGGUUGAAAACUGGGAGCUAUGCUGCCACACAUUUACUGUAUGGUACUACACUUUUUGUAUUGCUACCUUUUUUUAUUGUUUGUAGUGCUUGCUUUUAAUUGUAAGGUCGCCAUAGCAAAUUAUGUCUUGUUAGUGAACUACCAAAUUUACAAUGUCAGUUUGGGUAUGCUUGUCAUCUGUCUAAAUUAAAACAAUGAUGUAUAUAAACCCAGGCUUGCUGAUGCUAUGUAUUGGCCAAUGAGAUGCUUUGAAGCCACCGGUCGGCCAUAUUGUCACUCCUCAAAAGCAGUCUUCCAUAGGAAUGUAUUUAAGUAUUUUUUGUUGUAGUUGGGACAGUAUUUUCAAAAAAAAAUUCUAUUGAUCUGACACUGAGAACUACAGUAUAUUCCUUACCUGAAGUGUUGGGUAAUAGUGAACUACAUGUAAUUCAACUAGUAAUUUAACUACAUUUUGCAGUAGCUCAGUGGUAGUUGAACUAAAUUCAAUCUAGGUAGUGUUUCCAGUAGUCAUAAAAAAAUGCAAUGUAACGUUGUAGUAACUACUGGAAAUACACACUACUUUUUUAUUUAAAAUAAAGUAAAAUAUGUGUGAAGCAGGCAAUCGUUUCCAUUCUUUUUCAGCAUCAGAUUUUCCUAAUCCAAUUACUAGAGCUUUACAUUGCAACAAAAAAAGGAAUUAACUACUGAAAACACUACCUAGAUUUGAAUUUAGUCUUGCAAUUUGUAGUCUAUGACAUUUCAGAUUUACAUAUGAAAAUUUUUCACAAACAAGUUUGGGUGUAGUAAACUACGUUUCAAAGUAACUUUAGUUAAGUAAACUAUAUUUUCCUUAAGGGAAGCAUUAGUGUAGCUUAACUUCUUCCAGAGUGAAGUAAUUGGUGGCUUGGUAAACUAGCCUACAGUACCAGUCAAAAGUUUGGACACACAUACUCAUUCAAGGGUUUUUCUUUAUUUUGUACUAUUUUCUACCUUGUAGAAUAAUAGUGAAGACAUCAAAACUAUGAAAUAACGCAUAUGGAAUCAUGUAGUAUGCAAUAAAAAGUAUUUUAGAUUCUUCAAGUAGCCACCCUUUGCCUAGAUGACAGCUUUGCACACUCAUGGCAUUCUCUCAACCAGCUUCACCUGGAAUGCUUUUCCAACAGUCUUGAAGGAGUUCCCACAUAUGCUGAGUGUAAGGAGUGCGAACUGGCGGCAGAGAAGUCAGACGCAGGAGAGAAAUAACUGUGUUUCCAACGGUGCAGUUUAUUAACAAAACCCACCAGAAAACAGAAUAAUAAAAUAAAUGGGUACAUAACCCAACGCACACCAGGACAGACGUGCACAAUAAACAAUCACCGACAAGGACAUGAGGGGGAACAGAGGGUAAAAUACACAACAUGUAAUGAUGGGAUUGGAACCAGGUGUGAUGGAAGACAAGACAAAACCAAAGGAAAAUGAAAAGAGGAUCAGCGUUGGCUAGAAGGUCGGUGACUUCGACCGCCGAACACCGCCCGAACAAGGAGAGGGACCAACUUCGGCGGAAGUCGUGACACUGAGCACUUGUUGUUCCUUCACUCUGGAACGUUAAAUGUUCUUGACAUUUUCCGGAUUGACUGACCUUCAUGUCAAAGUAAUGAUGAACUGUAAUUUUUCUUUGCUUAUUUGAGCUGUUCAUGCCAUAAUAUGGACUUGGUCUUUUACCAAAUAAGGCUAUAUUCUGUAUACCACUCACAACACAAUUGACUGACUCAAACACAUUGAGAAGGAAAGAAAUUCCACAAAUGAACUUUUUACAAGGCACACCUGUUAAGUGAAAUGCAUUCCAGGUGACUACCUCAUGAAGCUGGUUGAGAGAAUGUCAAGUGUGCAAACCUGUCAUCAAGGCAAAGGGAACCAGGUGUGAAGAAUCUCAAAUAUAAAAUAUAUUUGUAUUAUUUUAACACUUUUUUGGUUACUACAUUAUUCCCUUUGUGUUAUUUCAUAGUGUUGAUGUCUUCACUAUUAUUCUACAAUGUAGAAAAUAGUAAAAUAAAUAAAAACCCUGCAAUGAGUAGGUGUGUCCAAACUUUUGACUGGUACUGUAUAUUUUCAGAGUAGCUUCCCCAACACUGCUGACCUGUGACCAAAUGUUUGUUUUUUUAAUGUAUGUCACAGAACCAGAGCAUCCAAGAAAAGUAUCCGAAGCACAGGGUCUGAUAAAUACAUUUGGAAUUGAACUGUUUUGGUUUUUGCUUUGAGUCAUUUCAUUUUAGUUGGUUAGACAUUACAAUAUCAUGUAGGCUAAUUUAUCUGUAUUGAGUUCUAUGUUAAACCUACAAGCCUAUACACUACAGUACCAAUGUGUUUUACGUGACACCACUCAAUUCUUGGUUGGCCUUUAUGGAAAUUCAAAAUAAUCACAUUCUCCAUGCAAGAAUUACCUCAACCACACACAAAGACGGCGCCGUACUGUAUGGCUGCCGUCUUUGCUAUUUUGUGAUUAUUGUUCCUUGUUUUAUAGUAAACCUACUACUUAUAUCGAUUACUGCAUUGUUGGGAAAGAGUUAGCAAGAAAGCCAUUUCACUGUUCUUGUGCACGUGACAAUAAAACUUGACAUUUGAACCAGAUUAUAACAUUU